GAUAGUUACAGCUGAGUCCUCUAAUUUCUAUACACGCUCAUUGCUCUAGUGACUUCUUAACAUGGAGGACCUGUUUUUUGAUUUCGACCAAGAUGCUGCCACAGAUUUUCCCUUCUGGGGCCAAAUGGACCCCAACUACCAAUUCCAGACCCAGGUGGACACGCUGCUUUUUGACUAUGGCGCCAUGACCGGCCAGUUGUCGCCCUGGUCCUCUUUUGGGUGUCAAUCUGAGUUCCCCGAGGCGCAGCUGACCUUCGCGGAUUUGGAUUCGCAGUCGCCGCAGUUGGAGGCCGGUGCUGAAGUGGACAGCUCCUUGGUGGACGAGCCCCACGAGAUCAACAAGCGCAGACAACAGCAUCGUCGCUUGACGUCUCAUCACCCGUACAAGGUGCAGCGAUACGCCGCCAACAUCCGGGAGAGAAAGAGGAUGCUGAGCAUCAAUUCGGGAUUUGAGGAACUGCGCUGCCACGUGCCCACGUUUCCCUACGAGAAACGGCUCUCUAAAAUAGACACGUUAAGACUGGCCAUCGCUUACAUCGCACUGCUCAGAGAAAUCCUCAUGUCGGGCUGCGACCCCAAAUCAUACGUCGAUGAAUGUAUGAAAAAUGGAUAUAAGAAUCACACCAAUGCAAUCUGGAAUACAAGUGAUCUGACAGCUCGGCUCUCUUGGAUAAAAUGGGAUUAACUUCGCUCUGAAGCCGGAGGAGAGAUGCUGCGUUCUCGUCUUUCUCACGCUCCUCUUCAAUGGUAACAUGGCACAUGGCUCUUCAGCAUCUGCAGACUUCUCACCGUGUCUUGCUCUCCUGGCACUCAUGACACUUUUUAUAUUCUAAUUUGUUGUGGCUUGUAGAAUCACGCCGUCUUUUGCUCAUCCAGACGCGUGUUGUGUGUGGUGAAUGAAGCCUCAUCAGGACAAUGACAUGCACUUGUCCCUGUGUGCGCCAUGAGAGAAUGGCAAAAGCUCGGAUUUUUUCCAUGUGUUUCCCUCUUGAGAGCAAAUCGAAAGGGUAGAGAAUGGCAAAGUGCCUGGCCGGCGCACAUUCAUGUUUUAGUGAACCUUUA